AUGUCAGGAACUAGGUUCUAUGAAAAUGAAAAUCAUAAUGCAAGUGAUAAAAAUCAGACUAAUGCUAAUACCCAUAGAAUGGCCUUAAAUGAUAUAACCAAGACCACAGUUCAACAAAAUAGAAAGACUUUCUAUGAGUUUUGUAAAGAAGAUCAAAAUUUACUAUUUGUUAAACCAACAUUAUCCUUUAAACAAACAAAUUCAAAUCCUGAUAUUGAAUGGAAUCCAAAUAAUUUAAACUCAGAAUCAGAAAGGAAGAAACAUCCUUAUUUCCAAUAUCUGAAUAGAUUGGCUACCAAUAAACAAUUGAAUAGAAAACCAAGUUUAGUAAAAAGUAUAAGUAAUAAGGAUUUAGAGUCUUCUAUUGAUAAUGAACAGUUAAAUAAAGAAAAUAAUAUUUGUAUCUUACGAUCCCACAAAGCCAGAGAUCGCAAUUCAGAAACAUUGACAAAUAGAAAACGAUCUAAUAGAUCAUUGGCCAUCAUAUCUACUAAUUCAUCGGAUAAUUUAAAUAUCAAUUUAAAGUAUUUACAAAAAUCAAAGCCAUCAAUUAAUAUAUCUGGAAUUCUAAAGGAAACAAUUAAAGAUGAGGCUGAAAAAGUUGAUGAUAAAGUGAAUAAAGAUGAUGAUAUAGGUUGGACAGAUUUGGAUAAAGAUGAUUUUGAUGAUCCAUUGAUGGUUAGUGAAGAUGUUAAAGAUAUUUUCAAAUAUUUAUUUGAAAUUGAAUCCACGACACUACCAAUUAAAGAAAGAAUCCUUUGCAACGUCAAUAUUAGAAAUAAUAGAGAUAUGUUAAUAAAUUGGAUGGUAAAAAUUCAUUAUAAAUUUAUGUUAUUGUCAGAGACGUUAUAUCUGGCAAUAAACAUAAUGGAUAGAUUUUUAUCAGAACAAAUCAUUCCUAUUGAUAAAUUACAAUUAGUGGGAACAUCGGCAUUAUUUAUUGCAUCCAAAUAUGAAGAGGUUUAUUCACCAAGUAUAAAAUCCUUUGUCAUUGAAACUGAUGGGGCAUGUACAAUUUCUGAAAUAAAAGACUCAGAAAAAUUUAUUUUAAAAAUCCUUGGGUUCAAAUUAAAUUAUCCAAAUCCAAUGAAUUUUUUAAGAAGAAUAUCUAAAGCUGAUGAUUAUCAUGUUCAAACAAGAGCCAUUGCUAAAUUUCUUUUAGAAAUUACAAUAAUCGAUUUUAAUUUGUUCGAUAAAGCACCAUCUAUAUGUGCGGCAGCUUCCAUGUUUUUAGCUAGAAAGUUAUAUAAACGGGGUCCUUGGGACAAUAACUUAAUACAUUAUUCUGGUGGUUAUACUAAAGAACAAUUAAAGCCAAUUGUUCAAUUAAUUAUUAACUAUAUUAAUGGUCCGAUCAUUCAUCCGGAAUUAAUCAAGAAAUAUGGAUCUAAGAGGUUUGAUGGAGCUUCGUUGAUUACAAUCAAUUGGAUUAGAGAAGCAACAAAGGUUGGUUGCGAUAUAAUUGAGCUUUAUGAGAUGUCAUGA